GGGGCGGAGCGCUGAGCCGCCACCGCCGCCGCUGCCCCGGCGCCGGCAUGAGCUUCCCGCGGCCGCUGCGGCGCUCCGUGAGCCUGAGCCCGGCGCGCAGCCUGCGCCUCGUCGUGCUCGGCCAGGGCGCCGUGGGCAAGACAGCAUUAACUGUGAGGUUCAUCACCAGGAGGUUCAUCGGAGACUAUGACCCAACCCUAGAAAUGAUUUACAGGCACGUGGCUGUAAUCGAUGGGGACAUGGUGCACUUUGAGAUCCUCGACACAGCAGGACAGGAGGAAGACUCCCUGCAGAUUGAGGAGAAGAUCAAGUGGGGCGACGGCUUCGCCGUUGUGUACUCGGUGACGGACCGCUGCAGCUUUGAUGAGGUGGUGCGCCUCUGCUUCCUCAUCAACCACCUCCACGGCAGCCCCAAGCGUGGCAGUGCUGGUGACCAGCCGCCCAUCGUCAUCGUGGCCAACAAGAAGGACUUGCAGUACGACCGCAUGGUGUCCACCGAGGAGGGCGAGAGCCUCGCCAAGGCCUUGAAGCUGCCUUUCUAUGAGAUCUCCACUCGUGACAGCUACGAGGAGACGGUGACCGUAUUCGGUGCCCUCUACCAGGAGCUCAUGAGACAGGGGCAUUUCUCCCCGGGCUCCUUUAAGAGGAGGACCGCAUCGAAGCUGAUGGAGAAGAUCCCCAAGAUGCAAGCGAGCUCCACCUUGACGUCAGCGGGCCGAAGCCUCAGCUUCAACUCCUUCAGGGACUACAUCCCUGAGUGAGCAUCCCUGGGCAGGCACCGGCAGUGAGGGACACGUCCCCUGGCCACCCUCACUUGAGGGUGAGCUUGCCGGGCCAGGUCCGUGGCAGCUGCGACAGGUGUUUUGGAGACCUCUUCAGGCCCAGAGCGGGUUUUCUGCCCCAUUUUUUUUUUUUUUUUAAUGUGGAUUGACUGGGAAGAUGCACCAUGUCCUCACCUCCUUUCUCUUCUUUCUCCUCCCUCUGCUCACCCCAAAUGCCUGUUAAUCCCUGGCUUUUCUGGAAAAAAAAAAAAAAAAGCAUUUAUUACCAUUUCAAGCUCCCCAGCGCUCUCUCCUUGGAUGCCACUGUAAAUAAAAUGCAAUAUCGUCUGCA